UUUUCACCCUUUUUGUCUCCUUUAAGAAUUUAGUGCCUAGAACGGAAAACCAUAAGGGCUUCAACCAUGGCCCCAAGAAAAAGGAGCGGGCGAGGGAUUUCAUUCAUCUUCUGCUGCUUCCGAAGUAAUGACCACCCUGAGAUUACCUACCGGCUGCGGAAUGACAGCAACUUUGCCCUCCAAACCAUGGAGCCUGCAUUCCCAAUGCCUCCAGUGGAAGAACUGGAUGUUAUGUUCAGUGAGCUGGUGGAUGAGCUUGAUCUUACAGAUAAGCAUAGAGAAGCCAUGUUUGCGCUUCCAGCAGAAAAGAAGUGGCAGAUCUACUGCAGCAAGAAGAAGGACCAAGAAGAAAAUAAAGGAGCCACAAGCUGGCCAGAGUUCUACAUUGAUCAGCUUAACUCCAUGGCUGCUAGGAAAUCACUGAUCGCGUUGGAAAAAGAAGAUGAAGAGGAGAGAAACAAAACCAUUGAGAGCCUGAAGACAGCACUGAGGACCAAACCUAUGAGAUUUGUAACCAGAUUCAUUGACCUGGAUGGCUUGACUUGCAUUUUGAACUUCCUGAAGAGCAUGGACUAUGAGACCUCAGAGUCUCGGAUACAUACCUCUCUCAUUGGAUGCAUCAAAGCACUGAUGAACAACUCUCUGGGAAGAGCUCAUGUCCUCGCCCACACAGAGAGCAUUAAUGUAAUUGCUCAGAGUCUGAGCACAGAAAACAUUAAGACAAAAGUGGCAGUGCUGGAAAUCAUGGGCGCUGUGUGCCUGGUUCCCGGGGGCCACAAAAAGGUACUGGAGGCCAUGGUGCAUUACCAAAAAUAUGCCAGUGAAAGGACUCGAUUUCAGACAUUAAUAAAUGACCUGGAUAGAAGUACAGGUCGAUACCGGGAUGAAGUGAGCCUCAAGACAGCCAUCAUGUCCUUUAUCAAUGCAGUUUUAAGCCAAGGAGCUGGCGUGGAAAGUCUGGACUUCAGACUCCAUCUUAGAUACGAAUUCCUCAUGCUUGGAAUUCAACCUGUAAUUGACAAACUAAGAGAGCAUGAAAAUUCCACGUUAGAUAGGCACUUAGACUUUUUUGAAAUGCUCAGAAAUGAAGAUGAAUUGGAGUUUGCCAAAAGAUUUGAAUUGGUCCAUAUAGAUACGAAAAGUGCAACCCAGAUGUUCGAGCUCACAAGAAAAAGGCUGACUCAUUCAGAAGCCUACCCGCACUUUAUGUCUAUCCUUCACCACUGUCUCCAAAUGCCUUAUAAGAGAAAUGGCAACACAGUUCAGUACUGGUUACUGCUGGACCGUAUAAUACAACAAAUAGUUAUUCAGAAUGACAAAGGGCAGGAUCCAGACUCCACACCAUUGGAAAACUUUAACAUUAAAAAUGUUGUCCGAAUGUUGGUUAAUGAAAAUGAAGUGAAACAAUGGAAAGAACAAGCAGAAAAAAUGAGGAAAGAACACCAUGAGCUCCAACAGAAGUUGGAGAAGAAGGAGCGGGAGUGCGACGCCAAGGCCCAGGAGAAAGAGGAGAUGAUGCAGACCUUGAAUAAGAUGAAGGAGAAACUUGAAAAAGAACUCUCGGAGCAUAAACAAGCCAAACAGCAAGUGGUAGACCUCACAGCACAGAUCCAUGAACUUAGCAGGAGAGCAAUAUGUGCUCCGGUCCCUGGGGGGCCCCCUGCACCUGGUGCUCCUGGGGGCCCUUUACCUGCAUCCUCUCUGGGAUCUUCCUCCCAGUUCCACCCCACCCCACCUCCUGGUGGAACCCCACCUCCGCCCCCACCACCGCCUCCUGGUGGUCCUCCUCCACCGGGACCCCCUCCACUUGGGUUACCUCCAGCCCCAGGAGCCCCACUGAUCACACUCAAGAGAAAGAAUAUUCCACAGCCCACGAAUGCUCUGAAGUCCUUCAAUUGGUCCAAGCUCCCAGAGAACAAGGUGGAAGGUACUGUGUGGACUGGUAUUGAUGAUGCCCGUGUGUUUAAGGUGUUAGACCUUGAAGACCGAAGAACGUUCUCUGCUUACCAAAGACAGCAGGACUUCUUUGUGAACAAUAACUCCAGGCAGAAAGAAGACUCCCUUGAUGACACGCUGAGUGCCAGGCAUAAAGUCAAGGAGCUUUCAGUCAUAGAUGGCCGGAGAGCUCAGAACUGCAACAUUCUUCUCUCAAGGCUGAAAUUAUCAAAUGAUGAAAUCAAACGUGCAAUUUUAACAAUGGAUGAACAAGAGGACCUACCGAAAGACAUGCUUGAACAGCUUUUGAAAUUUGUUCCUGAAAAAGCAGACAUUGACCUCCUGGAGGAACACAAGCAUGAACUGGAUAGGAUGGCCAAGGCUGACAGGUUCCUCUUUGAAAUGAGCAGGAUAAACCAUUACCAGCAGAGACUGCAGUCUUUGUAUUUUAAGAAGAAGUUUGCUGAGAGAGUUGCUGAAGUUAAACCCAAAGUGGAUGCCAUCCGUGCUGCUUCCACGGAAGCGUUCCAGAGCAAAAGCCUGAAACAGUUACUGGAGGUGGUUUUGGCUUUUGGCAACUACAUGAAUAAGGGCCAGAGAGGGAAUGCCUAUGGGUUCAAAAUCUCUAGCCUGAACAAGAUUGCAGACACCAAAUCCAGCAUUGACAAGAACAUUACCUUGUUGCACUAUCUCAUCACCAUCGUAGAAAAGAAAUACCCCAAAGUUCUCAACCUGCAUGAAGAGCUGAAAGAUGUUCCUGAGGCUGCCAAAGUAAACAUGACAGAGCUGGAAAAGGAAAUUGGCACCUUGAGGAGUGGGCUGAGGGCUGUGGAGACGGAGCUGGAAUACCAGAAAACUCAGCCUUCCCACCCAGGAGACAAGUUUGUGUCUGUCGUCAGCCAGUUCAUUACCGUGGCCAGCUUCAGUUUUUCUGAUGUAGAGGAUCUUUUGGUAGAAGCCAAAGAACUGUUCACCAAGGCGGUGAAGCAUUUUGGGGAAGAACCGGGUAAGACACAGCCAGAUGAGUUCUUUGGGAUCUUUGACCAAUUCCUUCAAGCUGUGAAUGAAGCCAAACAAGAGAACGAAAACAUGCGAAAAAGAAAAGAGGAAGAGGAGAGGCGGGCACGCAUGGAAGCACAGCUCAAGGAGCAGCGAGAGAGGGAGCGCAAGGCCCGAAAAGCGAAAGAAAACAGCGAGGAAGGUGGAGAGUUUGAUGACCUUGUCUCAGCUCUGCGAUCCGGCGAAGUCUUUGACAAAGACCUUUCCAAACUGAAGCGCAACCGCAAACGCGUCACCAACCAGCUAGCUGAUGGCAGCCGCGAGCGGCCUGUCACAAAACUCAACUUCUGAACUACCUUGGUUUUUUUAAGUGUGUUUAAAAAAGAAAACUGAUCAGUAUCCUGCUGGAAAAGCCCAGGGUUUUUGGCCUUCUGCCUUGUCAAAUAGUGGCGCUCUCCCUCUUUUAUGGCAAAUGUGUAUGUGUGUCUUAAUGUGUGUGAAUGUGUGUGUGUGCACCGACAUGCUGUAUUAUACAGAUUUGGUUGAAUGGGUGUGGAGAUGGGAAGUGUGAAGUCUGGCCUGCAUGCGUGUUCCCGUUUCUAUCAAUUUUGGUAGCUUUCCAAACAAACAAAAAAGAGAACCUUCUUGGCUGUCAAAGCACAACUGUUGACGAGGGAGGCAGAUGAAGAAAGAGGCAGGAAAGAGGCAGAACCAUGCCCAGCAGAAGUCAGAUGUUGAACAAGACUACUUACUUAUGCUUGUUAUGAGGUCCUUUUGUAUUUUGACAAAAAGAUUUGGAAAAGCAAGAGUCGAAAGGGGGCGGGUGGGAAACACAACAGGUGUCUGCUGUGCUACAUUGCACAAGAGCAUCUUGACUUGGAUGGAUGAUCUUUUGGGUGUGUUAGCUCUGUUGGGGACCAUGGAUGUUGGAAAAGUCCGUUAGAAACCGCAUUUGUCCAGUCUAAACUGUUGCUGGGGCAAUUUUAACUAUUUUUUUUUUUAUUUUGUUCUGUUUUCAUUUCUAUUACUAUUUGAAACUUGAACAUCUCUCAUGAUUAGUGUGUGGUGGUCUCCAUUUGUAUCUCUGUAGAAAAAAAUCCUCCCAUUUUGGCAAUUCCUCCUCUGUUUCAAAAUGGGAAAAUGUGUCUCUCCCAGCAUCUUCAAACUCUUGGAGGAACCUUUAAUUGCUGUCAGAAGGCCUACAUAGAGUUUGUACAUUUUCUUAGCUGAGGGCAAGGGGGAAUUGGGGUUGGGGUGGGACUCUCUUUCUCUUCUUUCUUUUUUAAUGGAACAAAAAACUUGGGUCUUUCAUUUCCCAUUCCUUGUCCAACAAGACAAACUGUAUUCUCUGUAAAUAUAGGCCAGAAUUGACUCAAGAUUGGGCCAGUUCUGUAUUGCAACACUUGUCUGAUUUUGAGAGUUGGGGAGCAGGGACACAUCUGCAAGCAUUGGAUAAAUCUCAGAGGCCUUCAGAAACAAAAUUUGAGAAGCCUUCAUAAAGUGAAAUUUAGAGGCCUUCAGCACGUCCCAUACCCAAAUAGUUGGGUAUGCCCUUCUUCCUCCAUCCGUAUCAGACCAAUUGUGUCUCAGGCCUUCUUCCUCUGUUUACAGUUCAGACCUUAGGAGGACAAAUUUUGUCCAUGUCCAUGGGUGAAGUUUACCUCCUGGUGACUCCAUGAACCACAACACCCAGAAAUUGAUGCCCCAUGGAAUUACUCCACUUGGAUGCUUUCACUUCAUCCAUCUAAACAUGCGCAAAACUCAUUCCCAGGGUUAGAGCCCUUUAUUUCAAAAGAUGUUGUUGGAGAGGGACUUCUAUAAAAUGUUUUACGAGGGGCCUGGUGUCCAGGAAGAGGGAUUUAGGGACCUAAUUUAUAGUACAAAGUAGCAAGGUAAAGAGCCAAGGGGAGGGUGAGUUGUUCUCAAAAAACAUGUUGCUGUUCAUAUUUGUCUUGCAGAUUUGUAAUCAGAACUACCUGUCAAGAUGUUGAUCCAAAAUCUACUAAACCCAGAUUGCUCAGGGAGUAAUUAAUAAUUUAAAGAGAAAAAAAAAUAGUAAUACAAAAAAAAUUGGAAAAGUGUUUUAAAAAUGCCAAUUUUAUAGCAUGGCUUAAUGUUCUUAAAUUAUGGAGAAUAUAGGGGACUGUUACUUUUUGUUUUGUUCCGCUUUUAUUUAUUUGUGGGUUUUCUCUUAAGCGGCUUUUAUACCAUCAUCAUUAUAUUGUAAUCUGAAAAUGAAUGGGGGUUUACUUUUAUUUUUCUUUCCUGUGGAGAUUUUGAGUUUUUUCCCUCUUGCACUAGAUAGUUGAUGUUGUUUGCAAAAAUGUGCUUUUGUUUUGUUUUGUUUUGUUCUUGUGGGGGGGGGUGUUGUAAAGGAUAUUAACUGGAGAGGGAAUGGAAUGGAAUGGCAUUUCGUUUUUUCUCCAUUUGUAUUGUACAGCAAAUGUGUGGUUUUAUAUAAAACAAGUUUGUACAAAAUGCAGGGAUCCCCUUAUCCCAAUGCAAUGUAAAAGCUGUGAAAAAAAUCACACUACAGAGAGCUAUGCGAGUGUAUGUCUGUAUAGGUGUGUGUGCCUUUUCUUUCUUUAGUCCACAAUUUUGUUGGUCUUCAGUACAAUUUCUCUGAUGUGCGGCAUGCGCAGGUCGCUCUCCAAAUAACUGGUAAAAGCAGCAAGAAUGCAAAAUUCUGCAGCGUGCAGAGACUCAAAUACAGCACUUUGUCUCAAAAGAAAGCAACCGAGUUGAUCAUAACUGUUACUUACUUAAACUAAAGUGCCUCUCUUUUCUAUAUAUAUAUAUAUAUUAUUUAUAGCUGGAAGAAAUUGGGUUGGGUACAAUUUUAGGGCUUAAUGUUUAAAAAGAGUUCAGGCUGAUCAAAGGGUUGCAUUUAAAAAUGAUUGAGAUUUUAAACACAACAAAAAAGCAAAUCCAGCAAUAUCCUGGUUUGGUAAAGAAAAGAAAAGGGACUUUUCACAUAAUAUUCGGUCCAGAGGUUGGGAAAAUAUUUUUUUUCUUCACUGUAAUUCUCAGAAUCUCCUUGCCCAGAAGAGUGGAGAGAUUUGGGGAGGUAUGGUCCAAAUGAUAAUAAUAAUAAUAAUUUUCUGUGCCCUGAUUCAGUCUGGAUAAGGGAGCUGACAGACUUAGGGCUGACAUUCAAAAAUUCAGCACCUUCCUGUGGCCAUGCAUGACCUGUAGGCGGAAUCUUCCAUUGCGGAGAUUAAGGCUACUGAUCCAGUUUUUUGGCUCUCCAAAUAUUGCUAGAUGGUGGUAGGGGACUUCCAGACAUACACAAAAUACUAGGUAACCUUUUUCCAUCAUUGCCGCAGACAGAUUUUUUUUUUACCUGUUGCCCACAAAAAGAUGGCAAGAGACCACCCUGCGUUUAAUGUUGUAUUAGAAAUAAGCACUAACCCAAGCAAUCCCUGCUAGGAGCGGUGUUAAUUUUGGUUUGACUAAGCCAGGGACGAUGUUACGGGAUUGCAAUUCUCCUCAUUGCUAGCUGUGUUUGGUAGGAAUGAUAGCAGUUCCAGUGCAACAACAUCUGGAGGGCUACAUGUUUCCCACCUUGGCCCUAGAUCAAAUGCGUACACAGCAAAGCAGUCCUCAGUCACACAACCAGUUUUAACCAUCCUAUUGGGAGCGAGGCAAAGUCAUUCAAGAUGCGUCCAUACGAAGGAGCAUCCCAGGGGACUGUUGCUUCAUGAGCAUCUCCGAUCCUGUUGAUAUAAAUGUCAAAACCGAUUGAAAUAUGAGACCUAAAAGAGAUUAUGUAGAUCAUCUGUAGCCCAUUUGCAAUGCCUGUGGUUGAUCUAUUUAGGAUCGUGUACAAGUUAACACAAAGUUCCUUUCUUGCCUCACAGUGGAUCUGGGUUCAAGCCGCAAAGUGCAUCACAGUGAUCCAGUGUGAGACCUCAGCCAAAACCUCUACUGGCAUUUAGUGCACUUAGAAUCAACCUGGGUCAGCUUGAUCUUGACUAGGGCUGCAUCCGCACUGCAGAGAUAAUAACCCAGUUUGACACCACUUUUAACUGCCAUGGCUAUGAAAAUCUAGGAAUUAUUGUUUAUUGUGGAUUCAGAGCUCUCUGACAGAGGGCUAAAUGUCUCACGAAAUUACAGUUCUCAGAACUCCUCAGCAUUGAGCCAUAGCAGUUAAAAUGGUGUCAAACUAUUAUUUUCUGCAGUGCGGACAGGCUCUGAAUCGUGUUUGUGCUGUACAAAACCUUAGAAGUGUUCAAAGGUGAGUUUGGGUUUGUUUUGCAGAGUGGAUCACUGGAUCUCCUUGGAGUCCCAGACAUUCAGUGCUGCUGAAACAGAUUACAAACUGAGGGAAGCCGGACAUUGGUGAAAACCGUUCCUUGUGCUUCCAGAUCACAUACGUUUCACAACAAGCCUUGCCAUUCCUUUUAGAUCUGUUUCUUUUUUUCUAAAUCAGGAGUCUGUGUGCAGAUAAGUUUUAUUCCAUGUGCCAUUUGUUUAGACCGGUGCUGGUGGAAGUAGCCACUCUCCUUUUCCGUUUUCUUUUUUAAUUUUGUUUCCUCUCUGUGUCUCUCCUAGGUGUGUAAUUUAAAAAAAAAGAUGAUUUUUUUUAAUUCAUGCCAAAAAGAAAAGGAAAAAAAGACAAAAAAAGGUGAUAGUUUGUAAAUUGAAGUAUCCUAAUGUAGCUUAGUGGUAGCAAACUGUGUAGUGGUGCCUAGGUGCAAGGAAUGUUUUUUUUAGGUAGCAGGAAAUGCUAUAUAUGUUAUGAGACUGUACAUUUUUUUAAAAAGACGGUAAUAUGCAAUAAAGAGUGUACAUAAUGA